UGCAACGUUUAGCCCACUGUCUCAGCAGCUUCCCCAUCCUCCUCGAAUACAUGUACGUUGGUUGGCUCCCCACAAUGGACGGCAGGCGACGUUAAACAACCGUCUCAACACUGUCGAGCCCGUGUAUGGAUUUAAUGAUGAUGAAAAAGAAGAAAUUCAAAUUUAAAGUGGAUUUUGAGCUGGACGAGCUCUCGUCUGUUCCAUUUGUCAAUGGAGUCAUCUUCUGUAAAGUGAGACUCCUGGACGGCGGAUUCUCCGAGGAGUCUUCGAGGGAGGCAGUCCAGGCCAAUAGUGUGCGAUGGAGGAAGAGGUUCUCUUUCCCCUGUAAAAUGAGUGCCAACGUUGGGACUGGUGUACUGGACCCCUGUGUGUGUCGUGUAUCAGUCAGAAAGGAGCUGAAGGGCGGGAAAGCAUAUGCAAAGCUUGGCUUUGCAGAUCUGAAUUUAUCAGAGUUUGCCGGCUCAGGAAGCACAACCCGGAGAUGUCUGCUUGAGGGUUACGAUACCAAAAAUACUCGGCAGGAUAACUCCAUUCUUAAGGUUAUCAUCAGUACUCAUCUUAUGUCAGGAGAUCCCUGUUUUAAAACGCCACCUUCUACAGCGACAGUGAUUGGGAUUCAAGGUGAUGGAGACAGCCUGCUGGAGGAGAGAAGGGGAGGUGACUCGCAAAAAGCCCUUUCUGCAGAGAGUCGAGAAGUCAAGUGUCCUGUGGUGUCUGAUGAUCUUGGCGGCUCUGGCCACUCACGAACUUCCAGCUACGCCAGCCAACAGUCCAAACUCUCAGGCUACAGUACAGGCCAUUCCCGCUCAUCUAGCAUGUCGGACUUCAGUCAUCGUAGGAACCAUUCAGUGGGAAGCGCCUCAACUGGUAUCGGCAGCAUCCCAGAACCAUGUGAGGAACGAGACAGAGAGUCCAGAACUUGUCCUGCUCUGCCCGAACAUCCACUUUCCGCCACCAACUCUACCGACUCUGUGGACUCAUCAGUCCAAAGAGCCUCAUCCUGUGAGCGUCUUAACAGGCAUCCAGUCAAGCAGGACUCGAUGGAGUCUCAGCUAAAGAGAAUGGACGAUACUCGAGUGGAUGCUGAUGACGUGGUGGAAAAAAUCCUCCAAAGCCAAGACUUCACACCCAACCUUUUAGACUCUAGUGCAGAAGAAGAGGGCUUACGUCUGUUUGUGGGGCCUGGAGGAAGUACAGCUCUUGGAAGCCAUCAUCUUCCUACCAGGGUUGGUGCUGGAGCAUACGAGCAAGUGGUGAUGAAGCGUUGAAAUGGAUUAUGCCCUCCACUGGAAAAAGAGAAAAAUGGAAGCAUGGUUGUGACCAUUUCUUGUCUUCUUUCUGCUACAAGUCACAUCCGCAGUCUCGGAUUGGAUGCGCGAUGAAUGGCCGAUGUCACAAUGGCGCCUCUGUGUGUUUCUCACCGACAAUUGAACACUUG